GUGUUCGCGCUCUGCGCGCAAGGCCAGCACGACGUGACGACCAAGUACGGCAUCGCGGGCAUCAUCACCGCCAUCGCCUGCUUCCCGUGCGGCCUCAUCGCGCUCUUCCUCGACGUCGAGAAGCGCUGCGUGCGCUGUGGCCAGCGCGUUGGCUGA